GUCACCCGGCCAAUGAACUCCUUCAUGCUGUACCGCUCCGCCUACGCCGAACGAACAAAGCAGUGGUGCACUCAGAAUAACCAUCAAAUCGUAUCGUCAGUGUCCGGAGAGAGCUGGCCAAUGGAGCCGGACGAAGUUCGAGACCAGUUCGACCUGUGGGCCAAGACAGAACGUCAAAACCAUCACGAUGCUCAUCCAACGUACAAGUUCUCACCAAGCAAAGCUGCCAACAAACGUCGCAAG